CUUCCGCUGUUCGGUCCAACUGUCCGUGUAGUUACGCACUCAUAUGUUGCUUCCUUUUGGGGAAAUAAAUACGUGUUCUCUUUGUGGACUUUUCAAUAAUCUAGACUCGGUUGUCACUAUAUGGUUUUUAAACUGUUGUGACACUGUUAUUGCUGUGCGGAUUUAGAAACUGACUAGGUCUUUCGUCAAACUAGCAUAAAAUUAUUAGCGUAACAGAAUUUCGUAGUCGUAGCCGUUCUUUCCGGUCACAUGACCACCGGGAUUGUUUGCAGACGCGCGUCUUUCAGAGUUGGCGGGUUAUCUGUGGACAGUGUCUGCUGAGAACCCCCCAGAACAGCACACAAGUUCUGUACCUCUCAACAAAACCGUUCACUUUUGCACAUUUAACAAAAUGUCUGAUUGGGCCGGAAGCAGACGAGGAGAAGCCCAUAGCAGGAGGAAUAAAACUGGGAGCUGUGUCCCUUCUCGGUGGUCCAAUGGCAGGAAGAGAACCGUUGAUGGAACCCUGCGGGUUGGCAGACAUGGAGAUGGCACUGAUCCUGAGAGCAGUGGCUACUCUGACCACAGACACUCUGACAGCAGACAUUCCAUUUUCACAACUCCAGAGAGUUCAGGCCCAGUGUCUCGCUGCCGCAGUCAGACAGACUGGGCCACUCAAGUGGAGGAUGACGAGAUGAGGAUGGGUGCCCACAGAGACAUGCAACGUUACAGGAGGAGGAUACUGGGUUCAGAAUUUUCCCAAAGAGAGAGAAAGACCUCUUCUGGCUCUUCAGAGAGCUGUGACUCCAAAGAGGGAGAAAACAUCGAGACAGACGAGGCUGUGUUGCUACGGCGACAGAAACAGAUCAACUAUGGCAAAAACACACUGGCUUAUGACCGAUACAUCAAAGAAGUUCCUAAACACAUGCGUCAGCCGGGUGUUCACCCGAAGACCCCCAAUAAAUUCAGGAAAUACAGCCGUCGCUCCUGGGACCAGCAGAUUAAACUGUGGAAGGUCAAACUGCAUGCCUGGGACCCGCCGGUGGAUGAGGGCCAGGAUAAGGUCCUCGAUAACAUUGAUGAUCUGGCUCUUGAUGAUGUGAUGGACAUUGAGCUUGACUUCCCAACGCUGUCAGAGUCUCCCACUACACCAGGCCUUUCACUGCAGGAUGAAGACUGUGCAGGGACUCCCUCCAAAGUACAGAGGAUGGAAAACACAGUGGAUCCAGACUUGGCCUAGCCCCAACACUGCCAUCUUCCAGGAAAAUACAUCGUCACAUUCCCCACUUCCAUCCUCAGUUUGAUCUGUCCACAUACAGUGUUACCCAGAAUGCAUCUGUUCAGGCACCACCUCUAGCAGCAAGUGCUUUCUGUUGCAGCGACUUCUAGCUCAACACUAACCUAUUUACCUUCCUACUUCUGCUUUUAAAGGAAACAUUUGGAUGUUUUAUGUAUGACUAAGGUGCUCAGGGAGUUUUGUAUUUCAGGAUUUUACAGUUGCAUGCUGUAAAAUCCUGUUGUUAGUUUUUUGGGUUUUUGAUUUUGUGUUGACUAGCAACUUUAAUGGACUGAUCUGUGAUUUGGCAAAACAGAUCCAUGUUUGAAUCCAUUCAGAUCAAUUUUUGCUUACGUUAAGUAAAUCACAAGUUAAUCACAACAAUUGCAUCAAACUCGAAUCAACAGAUACUGAAGAGUUUCAAGAGAGUAGUGCUUUUCUUAAUGUUUGUUUUGGCAAGAUUUCCUGUCUAGCGAUGUACAGUUUUCAGUGCUGAGGUGUAUUGAUCACUUAUAUUGAGCUGUGAGUUGUUUUUACAUUUGUUGUUUUUUUUUAAACAAAUGUUAUUGUGUUUUUCCUUAAUAGGCAAGAUUUUUUGAAUAAAAAAAUUUAAUGUUUUACUGUCUGUGA